GCAAGAAGUAUAUAAUCGGAGCUGGGCUCUCAAUCACCUACUUUCUCCUGUUACUAUCCCACCCUAUACCCCAGAAGCAGACAGAGCAAAUCAAAAUGUCCGCCCCCCACCGUUUCGACCCUAACUUCACCGACAAUGUCAUCAACGCGAUGGGUCCCAAAACGACCCCGCGUUUCCGCCAACUCAUGACCGGCCUCAUCCGCCACGUCCACGACUUCGCCCGCGAGAACGAGGUCACUGUCGACGAGUGGAUGGCGGCCGUCAAGUUCAUGAACUGGGCCGGACAGAUGAGCGACGACAAGCGGAAUGAAGGACAGUUAGUUACCGACGUGAUUGGAUUGGAGUCCCUCGUCGACGAAAUAACCUACACCCUUGCUGCGGAAGCGCAGGACGCCCCCACCGCCACCGCGAUCCUGGGCCCCUUCUUCCGGGCGGACACCCCGAUCCGCGCCAACGGGGAGUCGAUCGUGCGCACGCCCGCCCCCGGCGGCGAGAUGGCCUACAUGCACGGCCGCGUGGUCGACCACGCCACCAAGGCGCCGCUCGUCGACGCCACCGUCGAGGUCUGGCAGGCCAGCACCAACGGCUUGUACGAGCAGCAGGACCCCGAGCAGGAGGAGUUCAACCUGCGGGGGAAGUUCCGCACCGAUGCGGAGGGCCGGUAUGCGUUUUAUUGUUUGCGGCCGACGCCGUAUCCUGUGCCUGAUGAUGGUCCCGCGGGGAAAUUGCUGGAAUUGAUGGAUCGUCAUCCGUUCCGGCCGGCGCAUAUUCAUAUUAUUGCCACCUACGAAGGCUACAAACCCCUCACCACGCAGAUCUUCGAUCGCAAGGACCCCUACCUCACCAAUGACUCGGUCUUCGCCGUCAAGGACUCCCUCAUCGUGGACUUUGUCGAGCGCAAGGGCGACCCUCAAGCUGGUCUUGAGUUGCAGUAUGAUGUCAAGUUGGCGCCGGCGCCGGCGUCGGCGUCGAGCUAGACGGUUUCGAUGCUUUGGAACGAAAAGGAUAUGUGGAUACGUGGGUGUGGGUGUACUAUGGUGACAAGGGGGGGGGG